AUGCUACUUACUCAACUAAUAAUUUUAUUUACACUUGUUUCUCAAGUUUUGUCUGUCUCCAUUUCAGAUCUUAAUAAUAUAGUCUCACUUCAAUUAACCAAACGAUUGGGUGGCAGUAGCGGUGGUCGCUCAGGUGGUGGCUCCAGUGGUAGUUCCAGCAGUGGUCGCUCAGGUGGUAGUUCCAGCAGUGGGUCUAGCAGUGGAAGCAAAGGUGGCAGUUCAAGUGGCAGUUCAAGCAGUGGAAGCAAAGGCGGUGGCUCAAAUAGUGGUAGUUCAUCCGGUACUAGAAAUUGGGGAAGUAAUCAAUACCAUUGUAGUGGAAACACUUGUGGAUAUGGUAAUUAUUUUGCUCCAUCAGCAGCAGCAGCAGCAGCCGGAUACGGCUCAGCAAGUUAUUAUGCACAACACCAUAAUUCAACUUCCACUGAUAAUUCAACUUCUACCAGAACUUUCUCUGGAUCAUCAUCACUAAAUAUUCCUUCCACUCAUUUUUAUAUAAUUGGGUUAGCUGCCGCUUAUUCAAUUAAAUUGUAA